AUGGCCAAAACUCGUCUCCAACUAAUUAAUUUAGCCAUUAUUGUAUGUGCAAUAACUAUUUUAUCAAAUAUAGUCGAAGGGGUAUUAUCAUUGAUUCUUGGUAGUCAAUCAAAUUCCGUAAGUCUUAUUAUUUUUGGAAUUGGUUCGUUUGUCGAAAUGACUUCAGCAUCUCUUGUCUUGGGGCGUUUUGUUGUGGAGUUAAGAAAAAGUAUCCAAAUCGAGGAAGCAAUUGUUGAUAAAACGACAUUUAUCGAUAUUGAACGUAAAACAACAUUAGGGAUUGGAUUACUAUUUCUUGUAUUAGCAUCAGGAACAUUUUUACACGCAAUAAUUUCGUUAAGUCAAAGAAGCCAUCCUGAAAAUACAAUAGCUGGUCUUAUAAUUUCUAGCGUUUCAAUUGUAUGUAUGCUAGCUGUAUACAUAGCCAAAAGAUAUUUGGCCGCAAAAUUGGAUUCAUCGUCAUUAGCAUCUGAAGCGCAAUGUUCAUUGGCGUGUAUUAAAAUCACUGGUGUUCUUUUUGUUAGUAGUUUAAUUUAUAUGAUAUGGGAAAAUAUUUGGUGGGUAGAUUCCGUGGCAGCUUUAAUAUUCAGUACGUUUUUUGCGAAGGAAGGUUACGUAAUGAUUAAUUGGGCAUCAAGUGAAUAUUUUACUGAUAUUAAAACGGAAGAAGGACGAUCAGAUAAUGAUAUCAAUGAGAAGAAGGCGGUGGUUCAGGAUGAGAAGGAUAUUAUUAAAUGUGUUGCACCUGUUAGAUGGGGACACAGAUCUAACAGUUUUAAACAUGAUAAAUCAAUUAAUGAAACGGUUCAUACAACAAAUUUGUUAAAGGCUUGUUGA